AUGUCCAUCGAUCCGGAGACCCGCCGCAAGCUCUUGUUGCUUCAGAAAAACGGCGCCAACAAGAAGUGCUUCGACUGCGGCGCGUUCAACCCGCAGUGGGCCAGCCCGAAAUUUGGGAUCUUCAUUUGCCUCGAGUGUGCGGGCAUACAUCGUGGAUUGGGUGUUCACAUCUCGUUUGUGCGGUCGAUAACGAUGGACCAGUUCAAGCCAGAUGAGGUGUUACGCAUGGAAAAGGGGGGAAACGAAAACUGCAGAGCUUUUUUCGAGAACCACGGCCUCGACACUUCUCUACCUGCCAAGGCCAAGUUCGACAACUAUGUGGCUGCAGAUUACAAGGAAUACUUGACGUGUGUGGUUGAAGGGCGUGAGUAUGAAGAGAAGGAUCACACUGGAGAGAUUUUGCCCACUAAAGAUUCAUCAACUGCUGGUGGAGCCGCUGGUGGAGCUGCUGCUGCGCCCCCCACUGCCAAACCACAGGUGCCUGUCAUUGACAAGUCCCACAAUGAGGCGUAUUUUGCUCGUCUAGGUUCUCAGAACGAACAAAGGCCAGAUGAUCUACCUCCGUCUCAGGGUGGGAAAUACUCUGGCUUUGGCAACACACCUCAGCCAGCCGCUAACGGGAACAAUAAGAGUUCGUUCGCAGGGUUCUCGCUUAACAAGUUUCAGGAGGACCCGCUUGGGACCUUUUCCAAAGGCUGGGGUCUUUUUUCGUCAACUGUGGCCAAAUCUGUUAAUGAAGUGCACGAGUCUGUGAUAAAGCCGGGGUUCCAAAAUAUCCAGGAAAGCGAUUUGGGGCUCGAAGCAAAGAGGGCCAUGGCACAGUUUGGACAGAAAAUGCAAGAGACAGGUAAGUACGGCCAGGAAACCUUUCACACGUUCACCAAAGACGUGCAAGAUAAGGGACUUAACAACACGCUCGAACUGCUUUUGCUGAAUCUCAGUCUCAAGGAAAGAGCACAAGUGGAAAACGCUUUUGGCCUCCAAAAGCCAGAGUCAAAGACGCAUCUCGAUUCUGCCAGCAACACCUCUUUCACGUCCAACAGUACUGCCGGCAAAAACACCGGCAACAACACCAGCAACAACACAGAGCAAAACAGGUAUGUACCGCUCUCAAAUGGCCCACAAGCUACUCCAGCACCCUCUGUUGCCAAAACCACCCCUACUGCUCCGACCAGCUCUGCAUCCAAGGAUGACGAGUGGGAUGACUUUUAG